UCCAGCUCCAAUUUAUUAUCAAUAAAAUUGCAAGACGUUAUCACUCGAAGCAAAUUUUAUUAAUUAACAGUGAAUUGUAACCAAAUUUAUGUUAAUAUUCAGAGAACCCAUCUAUAACAAUAAUUAAUUAAUUAAUUAAUCUUAACACGUAUUUGUUGUCUGGGAAACCACCUGUAAUCAACGUCACUCACUCAUCAGUCAUAAUCAGAAUUGAAUAAUUAUUAUGAAUAAUGAUCCUGGAAUUAUAUGCUUUCGACAUUGCACAUCUUCGAUAUCUUGUUACUCUGUGCCUCAAUUUUGCCCUAUUUGUAGGCAAAAAUUGAGUAAUAGCUCGGACAUAAUGCCUUUCAGAAUUCCAUAUCCAUUUGUUCGUGCUAAACAAACUCCUUGCUCAAUAUUACUUAAACCAUCGAAGGGAAAUUUUCUCGAUAUUUAUAACCCAAACGCUGACCUCCAUAUCGGAAUAACAAGAUCAGACUGCAGAGUGAUAGAAUAUGAUUUCAAUGGAUUAUGUGAUUCUAAAACAGAAUCGUGGAAUGAAUGCUUGUGCAUUUAUACAUUAUGUGAUAUUUCGUGGCAAAUGAAAUGGGACAAUAUUCUGCUACAAGUUUCUAAUGAGUUUAGAAAUUUAAACCAAAGAUAUGAUGAGAACAGUUUUAAUUGCUAUUCUUUCGUUUUAGAAUUUGUCAAAUGUUUACAACAUCGUGAUUUCAUGGAAGUAUCUUCUUCUAAAGAGAUUUUUUGCCAAAGAUAUGUGAUACCCAAGAUGGCUGUGGUUUUUAAAUAUGUGCGUUUAUUUAGAAUUUUAAAAAAUGCCGAGUAUUAUAUUGAAGAAUAAAUUUGUGUCGUUUAUAAUAUUA